CUACGCGCGUGGUAGGUUUCGUAGAGUUGGUGUCAUGAGUUCAUGCUGAUUACAUUAUAAAUUUUCAUUUUUGAAUCGUCAGCGCAGAAGAAGGCGCCGUGUGGUUUGCGGAGCUAUGAUGGGCAGUAAGACGAGCGCGAUCGCCGCCGGGGUUUGCGGGGCCCUCUUCGUCGGCUACUGCAUUUACUUCGAUAGAAAAAGACGGAGUGACCCCAACUUCAAGAACAGGCUGCGAGAGCGACGGAGGAAGCAGAGGGCUGCAAGGGAAAAGGCUGGAUUGUCAAGGCUGCCCGACCUGAAGGACGCCGAGGCUGUGCAGAAGUUUUUCCUGGAGGAGAUUCAGCUGGGAGAGGAGCUGCUAGCUCAGGGUGACUAUGAGAAGGGGGUGGAUCACUUGACCAAUGCCAUCGCAGUGUGUGGCCAGCCCCAGCAGUUGCUCCAGGUCCUGCAACAGACCCUGCCGCCGCCAGUGUUCCAGAUGCUGCUCACCAAGCUGCCCACCAUUAGCCAGCGAAUCGUCAGUGCACAGAGCCUGACUGAAGAUGACGUCGAGUAAGUGUGUGUGCUGGCCCCGCCCCCUGCUGGCCCCGCCCCCUGCUGGCCCUGCCCUCAACCCCCCACCCAACAGACGGCAACAGUUGAAUCCCAGCGGAGGAUUUUUCCAGCCGUGAUCGGCUCCAUUUUUAUUUAUUGUUCUUCUGGACCCCCUUCACUCGUCCGGUUGUUUCUGUUUGGGUAGCUAACUAUCCCACCUUCUGUCACCAGCAUCUGUCUCAUGUGUCAGUCUGUUUUUUUUUUCUUAAAGGUCCAAUUUUAAGGUGCUGUGGACUUGAAUUUUAAAGCCAUUUCAAGCAAAUGGAGAGCGCAGAAAAUGUGACACCUUACAGAAUAAAUCUAAUCUAAAACCUUAUUCACCCCCACUGUGGUUUUCAUGCAGUAUAAGGAGGUAUAGCUGAUACACUAUAUGCAAAUGGAACAGCGCUUGUUCAAUGUUACCUUCUGUCAUUUUAAGCAGAAUUUUGGCUUCUAAGAGAAAUAUCUUCUCUGUACAAUACUUUAAGUGUAUAUGUGUCUGUUCCUCUUUUAUUGUCUCGAUAUGAACACUGAAAUUACGUAGUUUUUUUGUGAAACAUGAGACUGUUGUUUUUCCCUGGACCUUAAUCCAUGAAAGUUAUUCUCCUGCAAAUGGUAGCACCUAUUUCCCAACUGGAAGUGCUUAAAUUUACUCCUGAAUUCACUCAGUUUUAAUUGUCCCACAAUCAUUACAGUAAAAUUUCGGUAAAACUGGU